AUGAGCGGCUCAACCUCGAAAGCGUCAAGCAAACUGAAACAAUCCACCCUUGGUGGCUUUUUCCAAAAAUCGGCUCCAGUCAAGAAGAGCACAACAGCCCUGUCCUCCGAUUCACGAGCCAACAACCUUAGUAGUGAUCCGGACACAAAACCCCUAGCACAGUCGAAUGAUGAUAUGGAUGAAGAUGAAGAUGAAGGGAUAGUCGAAAGGUCUCGUACUGCCGCCCGGGGCAAGCGUAAAAGUGUCGUAGUGGCUGGUAGCUCGAGCGAGGAUGAGGAGCCUCCAGCAUCGCGAUCUCGGCUGCCCGCAAGCAAGAAGGCACGCUAUUCAUGUGCGUCAUCGGCUUCUGGCGCCUCUACUCCCAAAAGUGCUGGGGACGGAUUCUCUAGUCACGCGAGUACUGCUGGUCCCAGUGAAGCUGAUGAUGAUGACCUCGAGGAUGAGGAUGAUAAUCCUGGCUUCAAACCCAAGUCCAAGCUUUUGGCCACCAAGUCUACCAAAUCAUCGUCGUCUACCAAAUUGAAGUCCGGACAAUCUGCAACCAAUCCUGACAAAGCAGCUGGUGGUGCCGAAGCUCCCUGGAAACAAGGACCCUGGGCUUUUCUCCGUGAUAUAAAAGAUGCCGAUGGAAACCCGAUGGGAUCUCCAGAAUAUGAUCCCAGAACAUUGCACAUUUCGAAAAAAGAUUGGGCUUCUAUGACUCCGUUCGAGGUCCAGUUUUGGGAAAUCAAACGAAAUCACUUUGAUACAGUCUUAUUUUUCCAAAAAGGCAAAUUUUCCGAGCUUUACGAAGGAGACGCUUUGAUUGGACAUCAGGAAUUUGAUCUGAAGAUAACCAAGCGUGUCAAAAUGUCUAUGGUUGGGGUACCCGAAAGUUCGGUGGAUUUUUGGAUUGCAAAAUUUCUUGCCAAAGGCUACAAGGUCGGAAAAGUCGAUCAGUGUGAGACCGCCCUGGGUGCCGAAAUGAGGAAUAAAGGUAGCCUGCCUGCCUCAAAGUAUGCUAAGCCACCACCACAACAAAAGGGAUCAGGCAAGGAAAUCGUCAGAAGGGAGUUGAGGAGUGUCGUCACUUCGGGCACAAUCGUCGACGGUAGUAUAUUGACCGACGAUGCAGCUACUUGCUUAUUAGCCAUCAAGGAAAACUACAACUCUUCGGAUUUUCCUGUCUUUGGUGUAAUAAUCAUGGACGCUGCCACAGCGGAAUUUAACUUGACACAUUUUGAAGACUCUGCAAACAGGACACAUCUCGAGACCAUCAUGAGUCGGUUCAAACCCAAGGAGAUUCUGCAUGAAAAAUCUGGUCUAUCGCCGGCCACCUUGCGAGUCCUGCGGAAUACAGCAUCUUCCGAUUGUACUUGGACCGCUCUCAAAAGCGACGAAUUUUUGGAGCCCGAAGAAUGUGUUUGCAGAUUGACGGAGCUCUUCCAAGAGUCCGGAGGUCAGAUCCCUGAAGUCUUUAAAUCUUUCAAUAGCAAAGUGGAAACCAUGCAAGCUCUGGGUGGGCUGUUGUGGUACCUCAAGCAACUGAACCUCGACAAGGAUCUGCUCACUUGUAAGAAUGUCAAGGUGAUGGAUGCUUUUCGCUGCAGUAAGACCAUGCAUCUGGACGGCAAGACCAUUUCUGAUCUUGAGCUCCUUCAAAGCGAUGGAAGCGAAGAGAGUCGACUCUUGAAAUUAUUAAACCGCUGUGUUACCUCGUUUGGCAAACGACUUUUUAGACAUUGGCUCUGCUCUCCUUUGCAGGACGCUGAUGCGAUUCGAGCUCGACUGGACGCGGUAGACUUCCUCAUGAGCCACCCCUCCUUUGAGAAAACGUUUAGUGCUCUUUCGGGCCUGCCGGACUUGGAACGAUUGAUCAGCCGAGUUCACGCGGGUGCAUGUACCGUACCCAACUUCCUCAAGGUACUGGAAGCGUUCAAAAAGAUUUACAAAACCACUCAAGAGCUUCGCCAGCUCAUCGAUGAGACACCAGCCAUCUUACUUCAAGAGUUACUGGACUCGCUCCCAGAUGUUGAGAAGCUACUCCAGAACCUUGAAGACAUGUUUACCCUAAACGAUGAUCGUCGAGAACUUUUACCUCUUGAAGGAAAAGAUGAGUCUUACGAUAUGGCUUUAGAGGAAGAAAGAGAGGCGGAGAAGGCGCUCAAGGCUGAAUUAAAGGCGGCUAAAAAGUUGCUCAAAACUGAAGAUGUGGUUUACAAAGAUAUCGGAAUCAAAGAUAUUUAUCAAAUUCAGGUCAGCGUUAAAGUCAAGCCGCCGUCGAACUGGACUAAAAUGUCAGGAACCAAAGAUUGCGCGCGUUACUAUAGCCCACAAUCUGCCCAACUUGUCAAAAAGCUGAAACAAGCACGCGAGAAGAAGUCAUGUGCACUCAAGGAUUUCCAUUUAAAGGUUUUUCUGGCGUUUGAUGAGGAUUAUCUGACCUGGCUGCAAGUGGUCAAGUCGAUUGCGCAAUUAGAUUGCGUGCUCUCCCUGGCGAAAGCCUCGAUUGCACUGGGCGAAACGACCUGUCGGCCGCAGAUUGUUGACUCGGCUGAGGCAAUGGUCAAGUUUGUCACGCUCCGACACCCAUGCACUGUUGGUCGAGACGACAGCGACUUCAUCUCGAACGAUGUCUCGGUGGGCGGAGAUGAAUGUCGGAUGAUCCUCCUCACCGGUCCUAAUAUGGCCGGGAAAUCAACAUUGCUUAGAAUGACGUGUGUUGCCACUAUCUUGGCACAGAUCGGGUGCUAUGUUCCUGCGGAAAGCGCGAUCAUUUCUCCGGUCGACCGUAUCUGUACUCGUAUGGGUGCCAGUGAUCACAUUUUCGCACAUGCUAGUACAUUUAAGGUCGAGAUGGAUGAUGCUUGUAAAAUCCUUAAGGAGGCGACUUCGAAAUCCCUGGUAAUCCUUGAUGAACUCGGUCGAGGUACCAGCACCUUUGAUGGACAUGCGAUUGCGUUCGCCGUGUUGCAUCGACUGGCGACCCAUUCAAACUGUCUGGGCUUCUUUGCUACUCAUUAUUCAGCACUUACAGAAGACUUCCAAGCACAUGCCAAUGUCGCCACUAAGUACAUGCUCACCAAUGUUGAUGAAGUAACUCGAGAAGUGGUGUUUCUGUACAAGCUCGCUUCCGGUGUCUCGCCGCGUUCCUAUGGACCGCAUGUAGCCAAGAUGGCAGGGAUUCCAAGCAAGAUCGUCCAACGGGCAAUCUCAAUCAGUGAAGAGUUUGAAAAAGAAACCAAGAACCGACAGCUUUCGACUAAACAGUCUGACCAUCGACUCAACCUAGUCUUACAAGCUGACACCGCAUUCCUGAUCAAUUUGGUCAAGAAAGGCGGCUUUGCUGAUCCCGCUUCUGUCAAGGAAAACUUAAACACACUCGACCGUGUCCUAAGUGGCAUUCAAAAGUUUAACUUUCGUAACUGA